GCGCCAGCCGUCCGAUCAGAUCGCGGCACAGCGCCGCAGGGGCACCGCGACGUGCGGCGCGAGCCAGCCCACACGCGCUCCACUCAAAAUCCCCUCCUCCGCACGCUUAUAUCCCUAAGCCCACCCAAAUCCCCCGCUGCUUCUGUUCAUUUCAUCCUCUUCCUCCUCGCCGCUCGUCAGGAGUCGAAGAGGGCCCUCACUUGUGUGCGGGCGGGAUGGAGGCGGCGACGAUGGCGUGGACGGCGGCGGUGGUGGGGGUGGGGCUGGUCUACUGGUUCGUGUGGGUGAUGGGCGCGGCGGAGGUGAAGGGCAAGCGGGCGGUGGAUCUCAAGAUGGGAUCUAUCACGAACGACAAGGUGAAGGACAAGUACACGCAGUACUGGUCCUUCUUCCGCCGCCCCAAGGAGACGGCCACCACCGCGGCCUCGGCGGAGAAGGUGCCCGCCUUCGUCGACACCUUCUACAACCUCGUCACCGACAUCUACGAGUGGGGCUGGGGCCAGUCCUUCCACUUCUCCCCCUCCCUCCCCGGCCGCUCCCAUCGCGACGCCACGCGCAUCCAUGAGGAGCGCGUCCCCGACCUCCUCGGCGCCAAGCCGGGCCACCGCCUCCUCGACGUCGGCUGCGGCGUCGGCGGGCCCAUGCGCGCCAUCGCUGCUCACUCGGGGUCCAACGUCGUCGGCAUCACCAUCAACGAGUACCAGGUCAACCGCGCCCGCGCGCACAACCGCAAGGCCGGCCUCGAAUCCCGCUGCGAGGUCGUCUGCGGCAAUUUCCUUGAAAUGCCCUUCCCCGACGCUUCCUUCGACGGCGCCUACUCCAUCGAGGCCACCUGCCACGCGCCCAGGCUGCAGGACGUCUACGGCGAGGUCUACCGCGUGCUCAAGCCGGGCGGCCUCUACGUCUCCUACGAGUGGGUCACCACCUCGCUCUACCGCACCGAGGACCCGGAGCACGUCGAGUGCAUCCACGGCAUCGAGCGCGGCGACGCGCUCCCCGGGCUGCGCCGCCAGGACGAGAUCGCGUCCAUCGCCAAGGAGGUCGGCUUCGAGGUGCUCAAGGAGCAGGACCUGGCGCUGGCCCCCGCGCUGCCGUGGUGGACGCGGCUCAAGAUGGGGCGCCUCGCCUACUGGCGCAACUCCCUGGUCGUCCGCGUGCUCACCAUGCUCCGGAUAGCCCCCAAGGGCGUGGCCGAGGUGCACGAGAUGCUCUACGAGACCGCGCAGCACCUCACCCGCGGCGGCGAGACCGGCAUCUUCACGCCCAUGCACAUGGUGCUCCUCCGCAAGCCCGCCGAGGAGGCGAAAUAGUGUAAGACGACGUCGCCUUCAUUUACCCACCCACCGCAAGGGGAAGAAGAAGAAGAAAAAUAAUCUCGCAGAGCAGCAGAGGUAUGAAGAGCAUGCUACUUGGAGAGCUUCAGGAGCCCGUAAAUCAAAUUUGAUCUUUUAGAGGAGAAUAGGAACCAUGCUUCGUGUUACUCUUGUCUUGUUCGUAGCUUCCGGUUUAACUUAUUUUGUUGGAGGAUUUCGGGUUGGAGAGAGACGUGGUUGGGAUUUCAAUUUGUUUUCUCGCUCGAUCGAUGGAUCCAUCUAUCUGUCAUCAUCAUCAUCAGCCAUGUUUUGUCUGGAACAAUAGAUUGGAAUUGGAUUCUCUAAUUGUUACAA